CAUGCAUGUAUCCCACCAUAGAUCAACCUUACGCCGCAAUUUUGCACGCUUAGAGAUCUACACUUUGCCAUUUCGGCUAAUUCGGCCACUCGUCUUGGCUACCUACACUCUUCUGCCUCAUCCGUAGAUGCGGUGUGAUGAUUUUCUCAUGUAGCAAGCUGUUAUCAUCUGAGAGAUAUGGCUGCUUACAAAGAACGGUCGCUCGUGAAAAUGAUGUGCUGUUCGGUAAUUCUUCCAGACCCGGUCGCUGGAUCUCUUUCUUACCAGCGCUGUACUCUGAGAAUUGGCCAUGAGGUAUUAUAUACUAACUCUAGCCCUAUGGCUAGGCCAAGCCGUUGGCGAAGAAAAGCCAAGUGAAGUUCCUGAUUGGCUCAAGGAAUACAAUUUUCAUCCACCGGGGCAUUGUAGCUCUGACCCAGCGGGCCCAUUGAACCAUAAAUUGUCAGACGCAACCUGCGGGCUCAUAGUUGAUGACGAGACUGCAUUCGAAAGACGUUCAUGGCAUCCAUGGACGUUUCCGCCCGUAUGUAUGGAACCAGAAGAGGAAAGAAGCUCUAAGCUAUGUGCUUUCACCUACGUCAACUUCCGGGGAGAAGGAGGAGUCAGUCUAGUGACCACCCCGGAGGUCGCCGCGUCCGGUGUCGGUAUCCUUGGGGAUCCGGAUCCGAGAUGGGAACAAUGGGCACGCGGCUACCCGCUCGUAGUGUCCGACCCGCCACCGUACGAGGUCAGGGAUUUAGGAGAUCGGGGCAUGGGCGUCAUUGCGAACCGUACCAUCCGCAAAGAUGAGGUCGUUAUGUUAAGAUAUCCCGUUGUCGUCCGGAUUAUGGAUCCGAGGCCUUGGAAGCAUCACGAUGUUAUGAAGAUGCUCCAUCGGGCUACUGUGCAACUGCCUGCUAAAGAGGGGUUGCAGAUGUUGAAGUUGGCUCAUUCGAAAGGAGGGUACAUUAUCGAUGAUAUUAUCAAUACGAACGCGUUUGGCGUGCUGAUAGAUGGCGUGGAUCAUUCGGGGUUGUAUCUUGACGUGGCGAGAUUAAAUCAUGCGUGUAAACCCAAUAUGUUCAGCCGGUUCUCAUCUACGACGCUGGGCAUGGAAGUUGUCGCGUAUCGAGAUAUCAAAGUCGGCGAAGAGCUCACGUUUAGCUAUUUACCAUUAAAUCUUCUAUCCGAACAACGCCAAUCUCUCAUCAGCGAAUGGGGGUUUAACUGUACGUGUUCAUUGUGUACUUCUCCGAAAGACACUGCUAUUUCAGAUCGUCGCAGGGGUCGGAUACAGGAGUUGUUAGCGGAGUUGGAUCGUCCGGAGAUACAGAAACACGCAGCAGUGGAGAAACGAGUAAAAGAGAUAUUAGAUUUAUGUGAAAAGGAGGCAAUGGCAGCUCAGGUCGGAGACUUUUACAGCAUUGUUGCGGAAGUCUACUCCAGCAUGGGUGACUUUAGCUUGGCGAAGAAAUACGGUGAUUUGGCUGUGAAAGAGUUGAUGCAUUAUGCUGGCUACGACCACGAGCGAACGAAGGGUGCCCUAUUAUUUUUGGAGAAUUUGCCUGGAAAAUAAAACGCCCAGCGCCACCUACCGCCACCUACGCUUAUAUCGGGCCAUAUUUUUCAGCGAAGGCUAGGGCGGAUUAUGAAGUAGAACCACCUGUAAUUUGCGCUAUAAUCAACCCAAAUCUUCAGUGUCCUAGGUCUGCAAUGAGAGUGAGGUAGUAUCAGGGGGAUUAACU